CUGGGCCCGAUAGCCGACGGGUGGUCGUCGCGUGUUGCCGGGGCGUAGAGGAAGAGCGAGUGGAGUGGAGUGGGGAGGGGAGGGGAGGAGCUGCUGGUCCACGUGAUGCGCCCACGUGCGCGCUGAGGUCGCCGCCAUGCAGCCGUGCCCUGGGCCUCUGAGGCGAGCUGCCUCCUGGGAGAGCGUCGCCAGCUCGUGCAAGGAGAGCGACGCGCCGGAUGCGGACUCACAAAGCCAUACCUUCCGCUGCAAAGUCUUCAAGAGACCCCGACCAUGCAACCUGUGUCAUCAGCCUAUCCACCAACAGGGCAGCUGCUGCAGAGUGUGCAAGUUCGUCUGCCACAAAGCAUGCGAGAACAAGAAGAAGAAGAAGAAGAAGAAGAAGAAGAAGAAGAAGAAGAAGAAGAAGAAGAAGAAGAAGAAAAGAAAUGUGCGGAAAGAGUAAACAUAUUCCAGAGACGAUACCGAAUUUUACGUUUGGUAAUCAUUAGCACGGGUUAAGAUGUCACCUUCAGCGGGCAUGGGUCCCUUUACCCCCGUGUAGUCGUAUCUGGCGCUCUCGGCCGCUGCAGAGCCUCGACCGCGGCUGGCGUCGUCGAGAUCUUCGGCGAGGCGGCGCUCUCUUUGUAGCGCCUCGGACGCAUAAAUUCGGUUUUGACACCAGGGCAAAACGAGUGGAGAAGCAGGGCGGGCUCUUUGGGAGCUUCGUGAGAUCGCCUUUAUUUAUGGCUCCUAAUCCCCAGGGUUUCUUUUUUGCCGGCGCAGUUAUUUACCAAACUUAGAAGUCGUAUUUGACACUCGCAAUUAUUGCUGGAAUUUGUGCGCCCGGAUGUUAACAGAUUCUUAUGCGGUGUCGGGGAGAUUUUUUGAUCGGUUUUUCAUGUGCAGGUAAUGAAAAUAUUAUUCCUGUAAAUUCGUUUUUUUGUGAAGCAACUGUAUUUUCGGUUUUCACGGGAGGUUUAAAAAGCAUGUGAUGGCAUUUCUAAGGUUGGAAUUUGAUAUGAAAUAGUUGCUCUGAAGGAGAUUGUGGGCUGAAUGACAGACAUUGCAGUUAGUAGAAAUUAUUUGUAAAACUGGAGAAUAACGGGAUCCCAAAACCGGAUUCGACGCUUACAUUCUAAAAGAAAUCAAUAUGAUUUUUGAAAGAUUCCCUUGCACUACAUACCGAUAGUAAACGCAGGUAUGGACGUACCUGUAUUUGGCGUACUCCGUGAAAUAUUUUGUAUCGUUAAUUCUAGAAAAACAAUACUUUCUUUCAGAAAGUAUCCUUAAAAGGAACAACAUGAUAACUGCAU